AUGAGUCACCGAAUAUUGAGCCAAGCAGAAUUGGAGAGAAUAGCUGACAGGUUUGGAGAUACAGAGAGUGAAGAUGAGACUACAGCUACUAUCAGAGAAGAGGUCGAUGAUCUGAGCGAUACCCCUAGUGAUCAUAGUGAUCACGAUACUGAAUCAGAGAUAGAACACUCUUCUGAAGAAGAGGAAGAGUUUGACCAAGAACUGACUUCACGAAACUACUACUACGGUCGAAACCGAUACAAGUGGUCUACAACUCCACCUGCGCCAUCUAGAGUGAGACAUAACAUCAUUCAUUUACCUGGUACAGAGGACCAGCUCUAA